CUGUCGGAGGUCAGGGAUUCGCCCCGGCUGGACCUCGACCCCCUCCGAGCCUCUCAGCCCGGGACCUCCGACUCGGGGAGCGGGUCCCGGGUUCGAAUCAUCGCACCGUCGCUUCCCGGGACCUCGAAGCCGUGCGGCUCGCCCUCCGAGGACCGGUCUCGCCCUGCAGGUCACUCCGAGCGGGGUGGGGAAGGGGAAGCCCCCCGCCCCAUUGCUUUGGAGGAAGAAGAGGAGAAGGACAGGGGAAGUCCGACCGACGAAGGGGCGGGCGCGUCGAUUCCUGGAAGCCGGGCGGGGGGUCGGGCCGGGUUGCCCCGGGGCCAUGGAGCGGAGCUUGCUGGCCGGCGGCCUCCUUCUGGCAGUGCUGGGAGCAGUGCCAAAGCCCGAAAAUGUCAGGAUGAAUUCGGUGAAUUUGAAGAACAUCUUAGAGUGGGAGUUGGCCCCUUUACCCUAUGAAAAUGUGACCUUCACAGCUCAAUCGAUGAGCUACACGGGAGUCUUUGAAGACGUGUGCAAGAACAUCGUGCUCAGGCAGUGUGACUUCUCGCAUCUGGCCAAGUACGGCGACCACACCUUGCGGAUUUGGAUGGAGACGGAGGGAGGCCAUUCCGACUGGGUGAACGUCACCUUCCACCCGGUGGAGGACACUGUCAUCGGACCGCCCAACCUGCAAGUGAAACCCGUGUCCAGCUCCCUGCACGUCCACUUCUCGUUCCCGAAGAUUGAAAACGAACCCGAAACGUGGACGUUGAAGGACUAUUACGGCUCGUGGGAGUAUAAGGUGCUCUACUGGAAAAGGGGCACUUCCCAGAAGCUCGAGAUGGUCACCCCGUUUGAAUCGGACAUGCUCCCCGAUCUGGAUCCUCGGACCACCUACUGCCUUCAAGCCCAAGGGCUCGUCCCCGCACUGAACAAGUCGGGCCUCUGGAGCCAGCCAAUCUGCGAGACCACGGCCGACGACGGCAAAACGCCCGUGUGGGUUAUCGCCGUCAUGCUGCUGGCGUCUCUGGUAGCGGUUCUCCUGGUGGUCCUCUGCAGCUUCUCCGUGCUCUGGUACUUAUACCGCCAAGCCAGAUACGUCUUCUUCCCCGGCUAUUCCCUCCCGAAGCUUCUGAAAGAGUGUCACCCUUCCCACGGCACCCCGUUUCUCUCCUCUCCGCCCUCCGAGAAGGAACCCUGUGACAAACUGAGCGUCGUCCUGGUGGAGUCCGAGGGCCACAGGCAACACGCCUCGGUCGGUAGCCCCCGAGCCGACAGAGUUCCCGAGGAGAAGCCCCCGGUCGGGCCCGACGGCCCGGAGGUCACCGUGUCGGCCCCAACAGAGCCGAGCGCAGAAGGCUCCUGAAAACCCCGACCCCCACCACUCCGUGCCGAGGAGAGGACCCGCGACCGGGCCGGAUGGAUGGACUUGGUUUAGAUGUUCCGAGCACCACGGUCAGGAAGGGGGCCGCGUCCUCUGUUCCACGGUCGGGCUUGAACGGUAGGAAAAAAAGGUCCGCCAUGUGACCCUCCCGCCUCGGGAUGAAGCCUCGCCCCUCCCACGCUCACCGCGAAGGGUGCGGAUCUUCUGGAAUGGGAAGCAGGUGGGAAGGAUGGGGAUGGCAUGAUCCCAGGAAAUCCUGCCUCAUUCCAACCUUGCUGCUUUUUGUAUUUAACUGUUCUUUUUGUUUCAAGGAAAUAUUAGUGGCUUUAUUUUUUUGUCAUUGUAUGCUGGCUAAAGCUAGCAGAUCAAUAUUUUUCUACCUUAACGUAUGGAUUAAUAAAAAGCCCGAAAAAGACUGCCGUCGGGAAACCCAAGA